AAUUACACCGCUUCAAAACAAUCUUUUGCAGUAGCAAUUAUGUGUUUAUUUCCUAUGUACAUACAAGGGGAAAAAUGCACUAUUAGACUAUUAGAUUUUUAGGUUUCAUUGAAACUUAAUAUCCAUAAUUAAUAGCUGAUGCCAAGUGAAUCCCUGGGACAAGUUCUGUUCAAUUGAGUUUUUUGUCUAUUUGUUGUUCUAUGUGGGAAAGACAUGCGUUCUAGGUGGAGGCUGGCCUCAUUUUUGUUUUGAAAAUGCUGUGAUCACUUUAUGUUCUUCAGUGCUUUGUUUCUCAUCUAGAAUGGAAUAAAGUAGCAAUGGCUUCCUGUUAUUUCAAUCCUAUCUCUACUAGCCCUCAUCUUGUUUCAGCAAACUUAUCAAGAAAGUUCAAGAUUCCAAAGCUUCUUCACAGACAGAAAAAGAGGUUUGAUGGCUCACCCAGAUCCUCAAAAAUCACUUCAUUUUACGGCUUGAAGACCCCUCCGUAUGAACUUGAUGCCUUAGAGCCGCAUAUGAGUAAGAAGACAAUUAACAAGCAUUGGGGUGAAUAUCAUCGGAGUCUUUUAGAAGGGUUGAACAAACACCUAGAGAAGGAUGAUAUACUAUAUGGUUACACCAUGGAUGAACUAGUCAAAGUGACAUACAACAGUGGAAAUCCUUUCCCUGAAUUCAACAAUGCAGCUGAGGUUUGGAACCAUGAUUUCUUUUGGGAAUCCAUGCAACCAGGAGGGGGUGAUAUGCCCAAACUAGGUUUCCUUCAACAGAUUGAAAAGGAUUUUGGAUCAUUUAUGAAUUUUAGAGAGAAGUUUGUAGAAGCUUCCCUCACAUUAUUUGGCUCUGGUUGGGUUUGGCUAGUUUUGAAGAGAGAAGAGAAAAGACUGGAGAUAGUCAAAACUUCAAAUGCCAUUUGCCCAAUUGUGUGGAAUGACAUACCACUUAUCAAUUUGGAUUUGUGGGAGCAUGCAUACUAUUUGGAUUACAGGAAUGAUAGAGCAAAGUAUGUGGAUGUAUUUUUGAACCACCUUGUAUCUUGGGAAGCUGCUGCAGCCCGAUUGACUUUUGCAGAGGCUUUUGUAAACUUGGGAGAACCAAAAAUUCCUAUUGCAUGAAAAUACUGAAAUGCCUGAAAUGCUUAAUGAUUAUAGUGGUAGUAGCUACGACCAUAUGGCAACCUAGGUGGAGUUGGGGAAGGAAUGAGUUUGCUUCAAUCAUCAUUUACAAAUUUUAUAGUGCCCCGUGUGCUUCUCUCUGGUUGUCAAAUUUUGCAGUGUUUAGGAUUCAGGACAACUUGACAUUGGGGGAGAUCUAGUGAAUAGCAGGCAAGUAUUUCAAUGUAUAACAAUAGAGAAAAACAACCAUGAUCUUGGACUGAUUAUAGUCUUAUUGUAUGAAACUAUGAAUGCUAUAACCAAUGUGGCAAGAAACUGUUAAAUUUUGAAACAAAGCACCACAAUAUGCAGU